UUCCUUUCCUUUUACCUUUGCAAACCCAGGCUCUGGGUUUUCUCAAACCACCGAGAAAGUGAUGAUCGUCGCCGUCGAUGACAGCGAGCACAGCGCCAACGCGCUGGAGUGGACGCUCGAUACUUCUGCAAACCCAGGCUUUUGAUUUUCCCAAACGGCGGAGAAGCAAGUGAUGAUCAUCUCCGUCAAUGAUGGCGAGCACAGCUCGGGUGUGAGUGUGGAGUGGACGCUCGAUCACUUCUUUGUUCCUCUAGGUGAUAGUGCCUUGUUCAAUCUCGUCAUCAUUCACACCAAACCUUUUGCUACUAUUAUUUUCAGCCUUCUUCUUCUCUCAAACCCAGAUCUGGGUUUUUCCCAAACCCAGAUCUGGGUUUUUCCUUUACCCAGAUUGGCCCGAGAAGAUGAUAGGCUCGAGAAGAAAGGGGGGCAACACCGGGCUUUCGAGAAGGAGGGUCGCCGAGCUUCCAGAGGAGUUUCAUUUUCUGGAUUUCACUGCUGAAGGUAUUAUCUGAAACAUAGGGGUUUUUGGAACGGUAGUGAAGGGGAUGACAGGAGCCUGGUCCCGUGGGUGGGAUCCCUCCCAUCAAACCUGGAUUUACCUUCUUAAAACUCCACCGUGAGUGUUCUUGUUAUUUUGUUGAUCUUGUUGAUUUUUGUAUAUGGUUAUUGAAAAAUGAGUGAGAAACAAAGUCUAUUUAGUUUAUUUUCUGUCAUCUUUCUGGUUGGAUUUUGUGGAUUUAUGUUUGCGUUAUGGUCUAUUGAAAU